UGGAAACUGCGAAGAAAAAACAAUGGGAUUGUCCGGGAAACAGAAGGAAAGGAAAGUUCCGAGAAAAUGUGGUUCACAGUUUCAACCUCUAAACCAGACAACAUAAUCACAGUUUCCUGAUUUAAUCUCACACGUCGGAUCGAAGCACAUGACGUGUCACGGAUUCCCCCUCCUAGAAAGUUCGCCUAUAAAUACAACCCAACUUCGAUAAAAAAUCCUUAAUAUCGAUCUUCACCAAACACUGAUCAGAAGCCAAAUUCGAAUAGUUCAGCAAAUCAUCUUCAGCUCAAACAUGAAACUCGCAUGGUCUCCAGAUUCUGCAUCAAAAGCAUACCUGGAUACUGUCAAAUCCUGUCAGGUUUCCUGUGAAUCAGGAGCGGCGGAGCUUGUGGCGGCCAUGGCCGCCGGCUGGAACGCGCAGUUCAUCGUGGAGACAUGGAUGCAAGGAGGAGCGAUCGCCACGAGCAUAGGGUUAGCAAUCGCAAGAUCGCACACCGGAGGGCGGCACGUGUGUGUUGUUCCUGACGAACGGUCGGGAUCGGAGUACGCGAAAAGCUUGAGCGACGCCGGCGUGUCGUCGCCGGAGAUAUUGGUGGGCGAGGCGGAGGAAGUGAUGGACGGUUUAGUAGGAAUAGAUUUCUUGGUGGUAGAUUGUAGGCGGAAGGAUUUCUCGAGGGUAUUCAGAUUGGCGAAAUUGAGUGGAAAAGGAGGAGUUCUGGUGUGCAAGAACGCGUAUUCGAAAUCGGCUUCGAGAUUUAGGUGGCGGAGCGUAGUUGAUGAGGAAUCGUCCCGGCGUGUGGUUCGGUCGGUGUUUCUUCCGGUGGGGAAGGGUCUUGACAUCGCGCAUGUUUCCUCCGCCGCCGCUGCCGCCGGCGGUGAUUCCGGCUCGAAGAGAUGGAUUAAACAUUUUGACCAGCGUUCAGGGGAGCUAUAUGUUAUCAGAAAAUAAUUCAUUUUAUUAUUUUUUUUCCCCAAGUAGCAUUAUGCAAAAUAUCCCUGUAGUUGGGCCGGCAGGAAAAAAAAAAAUAAAUAAAGGUGCUCUGUAAAUAUAUAUACAUACGUAUUUAUUGUUGGAGAAUAUUACAAAUCAACUCCAUUGGGUUCCU